AGCGGCUAAAACCGAACCCGAGGAGUCUGGAUCCAAAUAAAAACCGGGAAACAAAAAGCCUUACCGAGUCGAUGUACCGCAGAGACGAAAGUAGUCGCCGGCAACGCCAUUUACGUACAGUUGCACUUGUCGCAACAAAAUCAACAUCAUAAGGGGAUGGAUUUGAAGGCGGAGCACUGAUGUCACUGUUCUGGAUUGUGAUUCGUCAGCUUGCAGAGAUCGAAGCGAUGGCUACAUCGAAGAAAGUGAUUACGAAGGAAGAGUGGGAGAAGAAGCUUAAUGAUGUAAAGAUUAGGAAGGAAGACAUGAAUAAAUUGGUGAUGAAUUUCCUUGUAACAGAAGGUUAUGUUGAUGCUGCUGAGAAAUUCCGGAUGGAAUCUGGAACUGAACCAGACAUAGAUCUUGCAACAAUCACAGAUCGCAUGGCAGUUAAGAAGGCAGUUCAGUGUGGUAAUGUGGAGGACGCAAUUGAGAAAGUUAAUGACUUAAAUCCCGAGAUACUCGAUACAAAUCCCCAAUUGUUUUUCCAUCUUCAACAACAGAGGUUGAUAGAACUAAUUCGGAAUGGGAAAGUAGAAGAGGCUUUAGAAUUCGCUCAGGAGGAGCUUGCACCAAGGGGAGAAGAAAAUCAAAGCUUUUUAGAAGAGUUGGAGAAGACUGUUGCACUUCUCGCUUUUGAAGAUGUUUCCAAUUGUCCUGUUGGAGAGCUUCUGGACAUAUCACAGCGCCUAAAGACAGCCAGUGAGGUGAAUGCAGCCAUCCUUACUAGCCAGAGCCACGAAAAAGACCCAAAGCUCCCCAGCUUGUUAAAGAUGCUGAUAUGGGCCCAGAACCAACUGGACGAGAAGGCUGCUUAUCCUCGCAUAAAUGACUUUUCUACGGCCACGCUUGAAGACUCUGCCAUUUGAAAUUGCAUGCGUGGAGGAUGUAGGUGUUUCUUAGAUUGAAUAGAUCAAGUUCGAUGUAAUGAGACAUGAUGUUUGUACUUUUAUCUGAAAAUGACUGUAUCUAGGUGUUAUAAUCUCUUGCAUGUUGUUCAGUUUGGAGUUAAAUUUCUUUCAAUAGAUGCUGUUGUACAAAAUGAUUUGAAUAUUCUUCUCAUCAUAUUCAAUGCCAAGAUUUGUUGCAGAUUUCUUGUACGAAGAA